GCAAAAUUUAGUCGAUUCAUCACAACAAGUCAAACAAGUUGCUGUUUAGUUCGUGUUUAUUGCACAAUGAAAUCUGUAUUCUGCACAACGUUCUUUUUGAUUGUGUUAAUUAAAGAAAGUAUUCCAUUGUGCGUUGUGGUCAAAAUCGGGCCACCUAGGCCAAAUUACGGCUAUUGGCCAACCACGGAAGCCAUUCAGUGUCGAAAUGAAGUCAUUUCUUCCGAUUUAGCUGAAAAAGUGCUGAAACUCACUGAAAUGCACCCGUCACAUUCUUUAGAAAUAAUCGACGGAAAUAAUCCUGAAAUACCUGCAGAUGGGUUCAAACUUCUUCGCAGUCUUCCUGCUUUGCGAAUUAACAACGCCAGUGUACGCACUAUCCAACCGGGAGCUUUCAAUGGGUUGAGAUAUUUGAAGCAACUGUCGUUAAAAUACAACAGAAUUGAGGUUCUGAAUGAAAACUGUUUUGAAAACUUGACGAUGUUGACUGAUUUGGAUUUAAGUUUUAAUAAGAUUGUGUCUAUUCACAGCAAAAGUUUCGCUAAUUUAACGAGACUGCGUGUGCUUUUCUUGCAAAAUAAUCUUAUUGCUGAGUUGCCACCUGACUUGUUUAGAGACCAGAAUUACUGGCUACGUGUUGUGGACUUGUCAUUUAACAAGUUGUUAACUGUUAAAAAGCAACUACUUUUUGAUCUUACAGACUUGUACACUAUAUAUUUAAACAACAAUAGAAUAAACCACUUAGAGAGCGACGUGUUUAACACGAAAAAAUUGAAACACAUUCACAUUGAUAAUAAUGAACUGCAAUCGUUGACCAACUUAACUUUGCCAAAUACAGUUGAAUUGUUAAAUGUAAGUCAUAAUUUAAUCAAGUCGAUGAGUUUUUCCAAAUACGUUGUAAUUUCUUUACUUGACUUGAGUGCAAAUGGACUUGCGUCUGCAAACGGUUUGAAGCUUGAAAAUGCAACAAUUAAACAAUUAAACUUGGAUCAAAACAACUUUGGUACAUAUCCAAGUGUAAACCAAACUGCGUUUUUCAGUAAUUUAAUAGCAUUAGAAACUCUUUCUCUCAGUAAUAAUAACUUGCAACAAUUAAGUCGUAACUCAUUCACGCACAAUCAACAUUUAACAAAAUUAAAUCUCACAGGAAAUUCUUUACGUAACGGUGAUUUUUUAAAUUUCCUUCCUAAUUUGCAAUACCUAAAUGUUAGCUUCAACAACUUUGAUUCUAACACAAAUCUCAGUGUUUUAAUAUCCCUGAAAAACCUUGAUUUUAGUUUCAAUAGCUUGGAUCAAAUUCGGUAUAAUUUUCUUGGCGGUUUGAAGUUCUUACAAACGUUAAAUCUGAGUCAUAACAAAAUUUCAAAAAUCAGUAUAGGUUGCUUCAGAGAUUUGCAAAUGCUGUACAUACUUGAUUUAUCAAACAAUGAAAUUUCAUCCUUGGAGCUUGGUGUUUUUGGGGGAUUGACCCGCUUGUCCGAACUCGAUCUGUCCCACAACGGAUUAAUUCAGUUGAACGAAGGAACUUUUCACAACUUCAAAUAUUUGCAUGUUCUUAACUUACGAAAAACUGGUUUGAGUUACACAGUUGUCGAAAACAUAAUGUCGCAUUUUCCUGGACUUAUAAACAUAGAUUUGGCUGAAAAUAACUGGUCUUGCACCCUUUUGAUUAAAUUUGUAAAAAAACAUGCCUCAGUAAGACUUUUAGGUGGAAGGGAUUAUAACACAGCAAAUGUACACGGAGUUGCUUGCAAUGAUCAAGUCGAAGAUACCACGGAAUUAGUAAACACAUCAGAGAAUUUUCCUGAUUUUAGGGUCACAAACACUUUAUUAAUUUUUAUACUGAUAGUUUUAAUCGUACAAUUGGCGUCUAAACAUAUUUCCGUGUUUUGGAAAAGAAAAAAAGGCCAGAAGCAAGAAAGUGAUCAAGAGUUGCGUCUCGUUUCCGAGUGUUAGUGCAAUUUAAAAUAAAUUUAUAUAUAUUCUAAC